GGAAGCUCUUAUUUUCGGGGAGCUUCCUGACUGCAGUGUAUUAUUGAUUGAUGCAGUGAUGGAUAGCUCUGCAGUGUUUGACGAGAGUGAGCUGCUGUCGGUGCUAGUGGCCUUGGUGGACAGGUACUCCAAGUGCUGCCAAGAGCCUCACCAGUCGCCCGGCCACACACACGGGGCGGCGACGGGCGUGAGCGACGAGGACAUCUCUCCGCACCUCGAACAGCAGUGCUGCGACGUAUGGGACCUCGCCGCAAGGGAAGAUGUGGCCGUCUUCCUGGCGUCCAAGAAGUGCCUCGAACUCAUCUGCCUUGUCGUGCAUCGCACAAGAAAGCCGGGGAGGAUGACGGUCAGUCUGUUAGAGAGCUGGCGGAGGAGGGAGGCAGAGGCCUGCAUACCUGUGUGUGUGUGUGUGCAGGAGAUCUGUAUGGGUAUAGCGGCGAAUCUGUUCACGCAUCGGCGUGUUGUGGAUGAGUUCCUGUCGAACCACUCGUCGGUCAACGAGCUGCUCGAGGUGACCUUCCUACUGCUGCCCAGCGACGACGCACCCACACUCAAGGAGGUCUUCAGGAUGUACACACACCUCCUCAUGGUAAGGGAGGGAGGGAGCAGGGCCAGCAGGGGCUUCAAGUGAGCACAUCUGAUGUCCAGAUGCUGUGGUACGUCGGUCGGUGUGUGCCGAUCCAAUCCAGGUGCGCAACAGCCGCGAUUUCCGCUGGGUGGCCAACCACAUAGCGCACGAGGCCGUCAUCCACCAGGCCAUAUUCGUGCUGCAAAACUCACUCAAGCCGUUCCUCAUCGAGCAAGUAGACGAGACUGAUGCAACCGACCGCACACACGACACACGACACAUGACUGACACACCCCACUGCACUGCACACUCUGUUGGCCUCCCUGGCUGCCUCUGCAGGUGUGUGAUUUCUUCAGCCAGUUGGUGGUCACCCACUUUGAGUUCAGAAGGCUAGCGUCACAGCUGGCCGCCGCUGCUGAGGCUGGCGGCCAGCAAGGCAGCUCUGGCGGUGGCAACGGCGAUGCGGCCAUGGGCGAGGUCGAGGAGGGGGCAGACAAGGGAGGCGACACCGCCAAGGACUACCCGAACCUAUCGGUCAGUGCGUGGGGCAUGCGGGGCAGGAGAGGAGCAGAAGGCACGGAUUGGUGACGCAUCUGUGUGGUGGCUGUCGUUUCACAUGUUCAGCGUUUGCCGUAUCAUUUGGAGCAGAAGGAGCUGCUCCACGCCUGUGUCACGAGGCUGGAGGACCUGCUCGACAAAGGACCAUCCAUGUGAGUGCGAAAGGGCGGCCACACACAUCUCAUCUCAUCGCAUCUUAUCUCAUCUCGACACAUGCACCACACACAUGUGGAUGUCCUGCAUGGCAUGCAGGUCGCUGGAGGAAGAGGGUCCUGCCGAGGGGGACGAAGACGAAGAGCUCGUCGAAUACCUCACACGACCCAGGUACGGACGUUGAUGCGAUCCGUGACGUGGUCACGCACAGCACAGCCAUGGCGCACAGAAAUGGAAUGAACGACACAUAUAUGCCUCUCCUCUCCUUUAUGUGUAUGUUGUGUGUGUCAGUGAGGUGGCUGUGGCGGCGCUUUUGCGGUGCCUCGAUAACUACUUCUGCCUCACCAGGUGUCCCCCAAGAGUGGCAGAGAAGCUCGUCAGGCUGUGCUACCAGGCAUUCAUCAGGUACUCGGCCACACACACCCACACCCACCCACACACAGGCCUCUCUGACCAUUGUCUUCUCCCAUUGACCAGGUCAGGUGCGGGCAGCAGCGACCUCAAGUUGACCUCCACAGUGCUCCUGCUGACCAUAUUCGGCGAGUGUGACGACGACGCCAUCACUGACGACCAGCAGCAGCAGCAGCAGGGGGCCAGCAGUGCUGCUAGUGCUGCAGCUGGGGGCGAAGGGAGCAUGGCCGACAGUGGCGAGGCCAAGAGGGAGGCGCGCAAGGGCAUGAUGGACGCGCAGAAGGCUCUAAGGGAGCUGGUCAGGAAAGGUGAGCAGAGGAGGCCGGCCGCACUUCACACUUUGACUGAUCAGCUAUCUAUCUUUCGUGUGUGUGUUUGGUGCGGUGCAGCUGGUGAAGAGUUGGUUGAAUCGCUGUGUCUGCUGCGGAGCGAGGUCAACGAUGCGGAUGCCAACCUUGCUCUCUUGAAUGUGCUGCAACACUGGUGCGCAAGGGAGAGGAGGACGGCACGGCACAGGAUCUCUCUCUCCAUCACAACUGAAUGAUGCAUGGACGACGUGUGUGUGUAUGUGCAGCGAUCCGUCCCAUCUCGAGGACUACCGCGCAGAGAUCACUGAGAUCUUCAAGCGAAUCGAAGAGCCAAAGCCACAGGGGUACCCAGGCAGGCAGGCAGGCAGUCUCUCACCCAUCCUGUUGAUGGUGUGUUUGUUUGUGUGUGUGUGUCUCUCAGAGUGUCGGGCCCCGACCACCGAGCAGUGCUGAACCAGGCCUUCAUGGACAGAUAUCACGCAGCUGCAUCGGGGCAAUCUGGGCAAGAGUCGGCGCCUGCUGCAGUGAGGGAGCAGACAGGCGGGGAGAGGUUGGGUGGCCAGGGUGGCCAGGAGGAUGUCCAGAUGACCUAGAUGAGUGGGUGGGCGGGGAGGGACUGGCUGGCUGGUUGUGAAAACGUGUAGACGCGUGCAUCCGCGGAUGUAUGUGUGACUUUCGGGGCAAAGGAAAGUGUCCACACUGAAACAACCGAGUGUCCAAAC